AAGAAAAAUAAUAAAAUGAAGCAAUCGUAACGCUAUUCCAAACAACACGCAAACGGCAAAACCUCCCAAAAUCCCAAUUCAAUUCUCUUUGGGCUUAGCUACCUUAAACAAUAAAAAUAAUACUUUAUGUAAAUAUAUACUUACUGCAUAUAUACGUAUACGCAAAUCGAUGAAUCCAUCGCAGUUCACGGAUAAGCAGAUCAUGGAUCUAUCUAGUUCGCCGAUCACUGCUAACAACAAAAUUGAUUUUCUCGAUCUCGUGAACCCUCGUCAGGACGUUAACGGCAGUGGUGCUAAGGAGGAGAUUGUUCCGAGCUAUGAAUUCCAUCCGAUUCGCCCUAUUGGAUCUUCGUCGCCGCCGAUGUCGAACGCCGAUUCCAGCAAUGUUGGUGGAGCUAGAGCUUGGAAUUCCGCCGAUUCCAAAACUAACACUGGCAUCAGAAAUUAUGGAUCUCUUGAAUCCAUGGAACCUGCCAAAGUCAUCGUAGAGAAGGAUGGAAGUAGGUUUGAUUCAACCUUGGUGUCUGAGAUUGAUCACACAAUGAAGAAAUAUACUGAUAACCUGCUACAUGUGCUGGAUGGUGUAAGUGCGCGAAUAUCACAAUUAGAAACAAGAACACGGCAGAUUGAAAAUUCUGUGGAUGAUCUGAAAUUGUCUGUUGGUAACAAUUUUGGCGGCACUGAUGGGAAAUUGAGACAGCUAGAAAAUAUUAUGAGAGAGGUGCACACCGAAGUACAAGUGAUAAGAGAUAAACAAGAAAUAGUAGAAGCCAAGCUGGAGGUUGCUAAACUGCAGGUUUCUAAGGUUGAGCAGAAGGUGGAUACUCGUAACACCCUUCCCAUGGAUUCUUUGCAGCCUGCUGCAUCUGCGCCUCAACAUUCUCCCCAGCAACAAUAUUUUCCUGCUAAUCUUCAACAGCCAUUGCCAACCCUUCCUCCACUGGAUGCUCCUCCACACCCUCCACAACAGAACCUGCCGCCUCAGGCUCAGCUUCCUAACCAAUUAUCCUUGAACCAAAUUUCUUCAGGUCCACCGCGAGAAUCUUAUAUUCCUGCACCUGAAAUCCCGAGCCAGCAAUAUCAAAUGCCUUUACAACAGCAGCUCCAGAUAUCGCCCCCUCCGCUACCACAACAACAAUAUCAGUCACCCCCUCAACCACAGUACUCUCAGCCGCCUCUGCCUCCUCAGUCACACCUCUCUUUGCCACCUGUCAAUCCAUCUCAACCACCUCAACCUCAACAUCAACCCCCAUUAGGCCAUCAUACUGAAGAACCAACAUUUAUACCACAGCAGAGCUUUCCACCAAAUAUCGUCAAACCACCCUCUCUGCCAUCUAGUGGAGCUUUGCCACAGCAGUUCUACGGAGCUGCUCCCAACAUGUAUGAGCUACCAUCUAACAGACCUGGUCCAGGGUUUUCUGGUACAUAUGGCCCGUCAUCUGGGCAUGGAGAACCGUAUUUUUCCCAGUAUGGAAGUGGGUCCCCAAGGAAAUCACAGCAACUUCCUCCUACCAUGAGCCAGAGUGGUGGGAGUGGCUACCCACAACUACCCACUGCAAGGAUAUUACCUCAAGCACUUCCUACUGCUUCUGCUGUUGGUGGUAGUUCGAGUUCUGUUGGUUCUGGAAACAGGGUUCCUGUUGAUGAUGUAGUGGAGAAAGUGACACACAUGGGAUUUCCAAGAGAUCAGGUGAAGGAAACAGUCAGAAAGUUGACAGAUAAUGGACAGGCAGUUGACUUGAAUGUGGUUUUGGACAAGUUAAUGAACGAUGGGGACGUGCAGCCACCACGGGGCUGGUUUGGUCGGUGACAUUCAUCUCCUCAUCGAUGCUUGUCUACAGAAGUUUGAAUUGCUCACUGCCAUUUUGAUCAGCUUCUUUCAAAAGAUGUGUGUCUAUAUAUUCAGAUCUAUUGUCCUAUUCUUUUGGUUAUGGUUGCACUAAAUUGCUAUUUGCUGCAUUGUGGUUGACUUGUUUCUUCUGUAGCACCUAAACUUGUUCCAUAGAUGAUAAUUUUUAUUUUUUACGGAGUAUUAUCUUUGACAUCAA